AUGAUUUGGAGCAUUUUAAUGCAUUAAAUCGAUUAAUAAGUGGCCGCAACUCGGUGCAUUCGGUUGCAUAUUGUGUUGUGAAGGUGCUGUAUACUAUAGUAUAGUUCAACAUGAUUUUUUUCCGGCUUAUUGUAUGGAGAAUAAUAGUCUACUUGGAGUUAGACAGGCCCACGAAGGAGCAGGCAAGGUUAGAUCUGUUGAUGAAGAGGAAACCCAAGCCUUUCAAGACCAAGCUCAUCAUAAACGAAACCAUGAACAUGUAUGUGUCUGUUAUGCUCUCGUUAGUGGUAUUUUUACUGGGCCUGUCUAUACCGUUCCACGCCUUGGACGAUCCCUGCGAAGGUUUGAGAAUCGGUGGAUAUCUACUUUCAUACAAGAUUGCUCUGGUCAUCGAGCCGUACACAGGAGCGCUAGAUUAUUUCAUUGUGGUGUUCUCCAUUAUGUUGGUCUACAUAUCAAUUAAGACUGUGUUGGAUGCCAUAAAACAUACGACGAUCAACAUCAGCCCUUGGCUUGAAAGAGGGAAGUACACCUUACCCCCAAAAAGAAGAAAAUCUUUCAUUAUUAAUAUUUCAAGGGGAAAAUAUUAAGGGCGAUGUGAAUAAUGGAGAACAUAAUCAGGACCAAAAUUCUUUCAACAUAAUAAUCAAGCCUAUUUGAAAGAACAAGAGAAAGAGAUUCACCACGAGUUUGAUCUGGGAUUCUUGCAAUUGAGUGAGAUACCUAUAUGGGUUUUUUUUCUGCCAGAAGAUAAAAAUAAGCAUAGAUAAAAACGUAGAAUAGAAAUUAUUUGUGAAGUUUGGACUACCAAAAUUAGAUAGGUUCUAAUAUAGUAACUAAUAAUUAACGAAGGAAGCUUUCAGGCUAAAAGCUUUUUUAUGUUUGAAAGUUUUGAGCGAUAAUAUCUUAUUAUUAUUAAUCGACUUAAAAAAAGACUUCUCAUUU